AUGGCGACUCAACGCCUUCCCUUCCUAUACCCUAACUUCCUUCGAGCCGUACGUGCCUGUGAACCAAAGACGCACCACUCACUUCGGUCUCCGCCGGUCUCGAAGUCUCCGCGCAAGGCUAGAUUGCACACGACAGCCCGUCGUCAGCAGGAGGCAAUUCCGCAACGAUAUGGCCCGGCCGCAGGCAGUCAAAAUGUUCCUCCCCCUCCCCCUCCUGCGUCCAAGCCUGAGGAGCCCUCGACGCCGAAACAGGAACAGGAGAGAAAGCCGGACGACAAUUCAGCAGCGCCAUCAGCCCGCGAAAAUCACCAUACAGAGGAGAACACGGGACAGGACGUGCCGCAAGAGUCAAAUACCACAUCCGACUACAUCGACGAGGCUUCUAUGACCAUAGGACGGCCAAAGAUCCAGCCAGAGGACGAAGAGAAGCUGGAGAACAAGGAGCUUGACGUCGUGUUAUCCGUACCCUCGCCGUCUGAAAUCAAAAGCAAAGGCCACCGACAUCCACACCUAGAGGCGCCGCCGUACGAGCAUCACUUUGACACGUACGGCCUGGUGCAGCAACUGGCGGCCAAAGACGCCUACACCGUCGAACAGGCCACGACGCUGAUGAAAGCCAUUCGCCUCAUGCUGUCCAUGAACCUGGACGUGGCGAAAGAAAGCCUGGUCUCGAAAUCCGACAUCGAGAACGAAUCGUACCUCUUCCGCGCAGCGUGUUCGGAAAUGAAGACGACGCUCCAGACGACCCGACACUCUGAGACCCUGAAGCAGCGCAGCCAGCGCGCGCAGCUGCAGCACGAGUUCGACAUCCUGAAUCAGAAAGUCACGCAAGACCUCAUGAACCUGAAGGAAGAACUCAAGGGUCUCUUCAACGACCGCAAGCUGAACCUGCAAGAAGACAAACGCAAGAUCGACGGCAGGAUCUCCGAGUUGAACUACGAAAUCACGGUGCUGCUCAACAGCGAAGCAAAGAGCGAGGUCGAGGGUCUGAGAUGGGUGCUGACGCGCAGGGCGGCUCUGGCCAUCGGACUUUGUGCUUUCAUGAUCAUUUCCGCUCUGAAUUACUCGUCCAUCAAGACGCGGGAGCGGGAAGAGGCCGAAAAGAAGCGAAAGGCUAUGCAAAAGGCGCAGGAGGAAGCUCAAGCACAAGCUCGCUUCGUGUCGUCUUCCCGGUCGCAAGGCACGCAGACCGAGGAGACGCCACUCGAGGAGUCCCUAGGGUAG